CCCGGGGAGGGAGCUCAGGCUGCGGUCCCCUGCCGGCUCCUCUAUCGCACGCCAGCCGCCGGGAAGAGAGACGGGGCGCCGGCCGGCUGCCGCCGCGUCUGAGAGACCCACCGGUCGAGGCUCCGCGGCCAUCAGCAGCACGCGGCCGCCAUGGCGGCGCGGAGGAGCCCCCCGCAGGAGCGGGAGCGGCAACGACCUCGCGACUCCGCCGCAGGAAAUGACCAAGUGCACUCCUGGACACUCGUCACCAGCCAAGCCUUAGAUACCGCGUGGAGAGUAGGAAAGGGGUCAGUGACACUGGCAGUUUCAUUUCUGGUGGGCACCCUUUGCUACUUCAGAAGGCUACAUUUAUAUUUAGGGCACCGGCUGAAAAGGUGGAUUGGAUAUCUGCAGAGGAGAUUCAAAAGGAACCUCAGUGUGGAGGCAGAAGUUGAUUUACUCAGUUAUUGUGCAAGAGAAUGGAAAGGAGAGACACCCCAUGCCAAGCUGAUGAGGAAGGCUUAUGAGGAGCUGUUUUGGCGGCGGCAUAUUAAAUGUGUUCAACAAGUAAGGAGAGACAACUACGACGCACUAAGGUCGGUGCUCUUCCAAAUCUUCAGCCAGGGCCUCUCUUUCCCAUCCUGGAUGAAAGAAAAAGAUAUUGCGAAGCUUCCUGAAAAACUGCUCUUUUCACAAGGUUGUAAUUGGAUCCAGCAAUACAGUUUUGGUCCUGAGAAGUAUACAGGUUCGAAUGUGUUUGGAAAAUUACGUAAAUGUGUGGAAUUAUUGAAAGCACAGUGGACUGAAUUUAGUGGAAUUAAAGAUUAUCACAAGAGAGGAAGUAUGUGCAACAUCCUUUUUUCUGAUGCUGUCCUGGAAUAUAAACUUUACGAAGCUCUGAAGUUCAUCAUGCUCUAUCAGGUCACUGAGGCUUAUGAACAAAUGAAGACCGCAAAGGCCAUUCCCAGUCUUUUUCGACUCCUGUUUACCCGGGAAACCUCUUCCGACCCUUUAAGCUUCAUGAUGAAUCACCUGAAUUCUGUAGGUGACACGUGUGGACUAGAGCAGGUUGAUCUGUCUGUACUUGGAUACUCCCUGGAAGUGAAGAUAAAAGUGUUCAGACUGUUCAGGUUUAACUCCAGAGACUUUGAAGUCUGCUACCCAGAGGAGUCGCUCAGGGAGUGGCCGGAGGUCUCCCUGCUGACCGAGAAUGACUGCCACUAUCACAUUCCUGUCUUUUAAGUCUGCCUGGACCGGGCACCAGCUCUCGCCGGUGACAGUGGUCACACUUGCAAGUCAUGUUUCUAGAAAAGCAAAGCUAGUAUUGCUGCCAUUGGAGGAAUCGGGACCUCCCUCUCCAGGAUUACAGGUACACUGGACGGAGACCCACGUGCCUUCCCUUUGUUUCCAGUGAUUUCCUCCAGAGCCCUUGCACUAAUGCAUUUGUGGGUUGGUGGUUUGACCUUGUUUGUAAAGGCUCUGGUCAUUUCACACACAACAGAGCACAAGGACAUUUAGUUUGGGAAGAACAAGAACAGGAAGAAAGCGAGAAAAAAACAAGUAGGGGAAAAGGACUAAAGGGAAAGAAUUGCUUUGUCUAUAAUCUUGAUGUUCUUUGUUAAGAAUCUUGUCUUUGACUGAUUUGGGAUCUUCAUAAACAUGGCCUUCUUUUAUAAGCAUUACCUUCCCAGGGAUCUCUAUGGUAUAUUGAUUUUCCAGAACCAUUCGAUUAACUUUAAAAUUGUGUGUGUGUGUGUGUGUGUGUAUCUACACUCACAUACACAUAAACAUGUAUAAUUUUAUAUAUACAUAUCUAAACACAUACUUACACAUAGCCACUACUUUGUAAUGUUGUACAAUUUGUUUUGUCUCUUUUUUACUAUUGCAUCUGGCCAGUUUAAUAUGUUUUAUAUAGGUCAAAAAGAUAAAUUCUGUAGAUGAAGGCAACUGAAUGACAAUUAUUAUACUGUCACAAAAAUAUUAAACGGUAUAUUUAAUGUGUAUUUACAUGUGUAUCUAAUGUGUGUAGGGAGAAUCCAUCCCAAUCCCCAGAACCUGUAAAUAUGUUGGGUUAAAUGGCAAAGGAGAAUAAGGUUGCAGGUGGACUUAAGGGACUAAUCCACUGACCUUGAAACAGGGAGAGGAGUCUGGGUUCUGCAGGUGGGCCCAACAUAAUCACAAGUGUCCUUAAAGUGGAAGAGGGGCUUGGGAGAGGGUCAGUCAGAGGGAAAUGUGAGGUACAAUCAGAGACAGAUGCAACAUGGCUGGCGUUGGUUACUUACAGCAUAUACAGGAAGAAAGUUACUGCAGGUUCGGGAAGGAGCCACAAGCCAAAGAACGUGGGCGGCCUCUGGAAGCUAGAAAAGGCGAGGGAACAGAUUCUCCCCUAGAGCCUCCAGAGAGGAACGCGUCCCUGCCGACACUUUGAUUUUAGCUCAGUGGAGCCCAUGUCAGACCUCUAGCCUACAGACCUGUAAGACGAUAGAUAUGCUGUUUAAGUCGCUAAGUUUCUGGUAAUGUGUUACAGCAGCAGUAGACAACUAAUAUACUCAGGCUAACUAGCUUGUGAUCAUCUUUAUUUUGGAAAUACUUUUUGUUUAUUUUGGUAAUGUUUAUUUUGGAGGUACUUUGCUCGUCUGUUUUGAAUUUCAACAAAUAUUGAAUACAAAAUAACCUUUAAAAUCUUGGCUAAUGAUCUACUACUUCAAAGUUACAUAUCCCUUCUAAGAACGUCUUAACAUGUUUGACGCUAACGUUUUCUCACAUUUCUAUAUUUUACUGUAAAUAAAAAAGAGGUAUGUUAAAUGCGGUGGUGUAUGAAAAUAGCAUUCAGAUUCUUCUGUAAUGGGGACGAUCACCUGUAUGUACUACAUAAGCCAGUGCUGUGCCUGCUGUCAUUUUGUUUUCUGGGUGAAGAGUUGGAGAGCAACGAGCUCAGAUCCAGGGGCUGUGCAUUACCUUGACAGGCAGGCGAAGCAGUUGUUCUCACUAGAUCUCUACAGCCCUUUCCUGCUUGGAGGCAUCUGUGGUUGUGCAUCACCCCCCGUCAUUGAAUUGACACUGUUGCACGUUAUCCCCUUGAUGUGUUACUGUGACCAAGAAAAAAUGAACUCUCCCUUCUGUGUUCACAAGCAGAUAUGAUGACAGCCUGCAGCAGUUCUGCUGAGACUGAUACACGUAGAAUUGCUGCUCCGGACUCCUGGCUCCACCUGAGCCUGUCCAGGUAUGUACCUGGCACAUGUGUGUUCCCACUGGCCUUGGCAUCUCCUUAUCCGGUGCAAUGAUUUCCACAUCGAUCCAGGACUGAAAGGAAGAACUUUUUCACAGGGAUGGGCAGCCUAUAACUCUGUGACAUAUCAACCCAUGAUGCUUAUCCUUAACUAUGUUGGGCGGAUGGGGCAGGGUGGGAAAAGAAUUCUUUAAAAAGAGGGGCAAGACCAGAUUGUGGAAAACAUUUCGAAAGUGAAAAAUAAAGACGACUUCUCAGUAGUUGCUGUGUUUUGGGAAAGCAUCAAAGCAGAAGAUUUUAAGGGAAGAGGUACUGGGUGUUUUUAUGUUUUUAAUUCAGUUGUAUAAUUGAAUGUAACAAACUAAUUAAAAGGAACUGCAUAUAAAUUAGCGCCACUUUUAAAUGCCAACAAUAAAUUGGAAGUGAAUUUC